CAGGCCAUUGUUCAUGUGAUGACUGGCAUGUAUGGAGAUCCAUCAGAGAUGGGUGCAUCGUUCUGUUUGCUCCUCAUCAUUCAGCUAUUUGUAACCGGGCUGAUUGUGCUGUUCCUGGAUGAAUUGGUCCAAAAGGGCUAUGGUCUCGGUUCAGGAAUCAUUCUGUUCAUUAUCACCAUCUUCUGUGAGACCAUCGUGUGGAAGGCUUUUAGUCCCACCACUGUGAACACAGGAAAUAACACAGAAUAUGAGGGAGCAGUCAUCGCUCUUUUUCAUCUUCUUGCCACAAAGCCUGACAAACUGGAUGCUCUCAACGAGGCCUUCUUCAGGCAGAACCUCCCCAACCUCAUGAACCUCAUUGCUACAGUAUUUGUCUUUGCCGUAGCUAUAUAUUUUCAGGGAUUCAGAGUCGAUUUGCCCAUCGAAUCUUCUCGCUACUGUGACCAACAUUACACAUACUCCAUCAAGCUUUUCAAUACCUUCAACAUUCCCAUCAUCCUGCUGUCUGCUUUGGUCUCCAACCUGUAUGUUAUCUCCCACAUGCUUUCCACACGCUUCAGUGGGAAUUUCGUAGUUAAUCUGCUUGGAACGUGGUCUAACACAACAUCAGGUUCUCCAGCCCGUGUUUAUCCUGUUGGAGGACUUUGCUACUACUUCUAUCCACCAGAGUCUUUUUUUUCAGUCCAGGCUCUAAUUUACAUCUUUUUCAUGCUCGGCUCAUGUGCUGUUUUCUCCAAAAGUUGGAUUGAAGUUUCAGGCUCUUCUGCAGAAGAUGUAGCAAAACUGCUGAAGGAUCAGCAGAUGGUGAUUAGAGGACACAGUGAAACUUCAAUGGUUCAUGAACUGAACAGGUACAUUCCAACUGCUGCUGCCUUUAGUGGACUUUGCUGUGGUGGUUUAUCUGUGAUGGCGCACUUCCUCGGUGCCUUUGCCUCUGGCAACGACAUCCUGGUGGUUGUCAUCAUAAUCUAUGAAUAUUUUGAAAUCUUUGUGAAAGAACAAAGUGAAGUAAGCAGGAUACGGGCAUUACUCUUCUAAAAAUAAUAUGUCAUCCUGACAUAUUUUGCUAACUUCUAUUAUUUUUUUCUGUUUUUACCUUCUGUUCUUUCUUUACAGUCAUGAACUGUAUCUGUUCAUAUUUGGAUUUGAGGGCUUGAAAACUUUUGCGACAGAAGGACAUCUGCAGCUCAGACUUCAUCUUCACCUCUGACUGGAAUAGAGGGCUUGAAGACUUGUUUUAGAUAAUGUACCUUAAUAUUUUCAUUUCUUCAAAUUGUGUAAUUUUUCAAAUUAAAAUCUUUUCUGUGGGUUAAUUAGUAUUAAACAAACAUAGGUUCCAUAUUUGUACUGAAGUUUGAUGCCCACAUUUUGGCCCAACAUGGCAGCCAAGGUGUCAGUAUGGUGCUGGGUGGUUGGCACCACCAACCAUCAUCAAUGUUUUUCCAGCGAUUUUCUAGUUGAAUACAGAACUAAUUUA